UUUGAACAGAAUCAUUGGAGAACAGUACUAUGACUUUACAGGCCAUCAGAUUCGACCAGAACAAGCUCCAGCUUCUGGUUCUCAACCAGCUAUUGAUUCCCUUUCAGACCAAAUACAUCCGGAUAAAUUCAAUCAGCGAUGCCUUCGAUGCUAUUAAGAAAAUGCAGGUACGAGGUGCCCCAGCUAUCGCUAUUGUUGGUGUGUUUUCGAUUGUUGUGGAGCUAAACUACAUUCUAAAUGUCAGAAGUUUCUCCCAGACAUACUACGACUUGAACGAUAUCAAAAACUUCAAAGCAAAUCUCUUUGCCCGAAUCCAGUUUUUGGUUUCAUCGCGACCGACUGCCGUCAACUUGUCGAAUGCAUGCAACGAUAUUGUUCAAAGUUUAUCAGCCAAUGAUCAGAACAAUAUCACUUUGUCUGGAAUCUAUCAAACCAUCUACAACUAUGCUGUGGAUUUGGAAUCCAAAGACCUAAAAAACAACUAUUUGAUUGGCGAAAACGGCGCUGACUUUAUUUUGACUCAAUUGCAAAAUCAAAAUUUCUCUGGCGAAUUCUCUGUCUUGACCAUAUGUAAUACUGGAUCUUUGGCAACUGCUGCUUAUGGGACUGCUUUGGGUAUUAUCAGAAAACUAUGGAGCUUAAGCCCAUUGAAUUAUGAAUCCGAUGAACCAACCGACGGUUCUUCCUCGAAAAAACUCAAAAGAGAUUUCAAUAUCCCACAUUUGGCUCAUGUCUUUCCCUUAGAAACACGACCCUAUAAUCAGGGUUCGAGAUUAACUUCCUACGAAUUAAUUGAAGAAAAGAUUCCAUCAACAUUGAUUACCGACUCAAUGGUUUCCUUCUUGAUCAAAUCUAUUAAAUCAAAAAAUUUAAACUUUCCUCCCAUCAAAUUCAUCAUAGUUGGUGCUGACAGAAUCGCUAAAAAUGGUGACACUGCCAAUAAAAUUGGUACUUUUCAAUUGUCCCAAUUGGCCUACUUGAACCCUGAAAUAGGAUUCAUUGUUGCUGCUCCAACUACUACAAUCGAUCAAAGCAUCGAUAAUGGCGAUCACAUUGUUGUUGAAGAAAGACCAGCAGCUGAAUUUCAAAAUGUAACUGGUGGUUUAAUCGAUCCAACAACAAAUAAUUUAAAACUUAACCAGGACAAUGAUGUAAUUAUUGCAAAGGUCUUAAUUACUCCACAAAACAUGAACGUUUGGAAUCCAAGUUUUGAUAUAACUGAAAGCAAAUUUAUUGACGCUAUUGUUACUGAAGAAAAAUAUUACACAAAGGAUUCCAACAAUAAUUUUAACCUAUGAUUUGUAAUCUACUAUCCUGAUUAAUAACUUUUUAUUUUAAAUAUUUAUUUCUUAAAGACUAAUAUUCGCUCUCAAUAUAUAAUAAAUAUAAAACAACUCUCG